AUGGAUCCACCAACGGUAGAACCGGGCUCCGUUGCCAGAGCACGAAUGCAGGCUGAGCAGCGGCAGCAAAGACAGACACAAGAUCCCAUACCAAUGUAUCCUGACGCAGCGGGCACAGCAGAGUCGCCACCAUUCCCUGCUUCCAGAAAUCUCAGGCAGAAAGGCAUAGCACAGCACGACGGCGGACCUGGGAAGAUGAUUUCCAGACCGACUCCGAUGCCUCAAUUUUCGGCCCCCGAGACCCCAUCUCCAACGGGCAGUACUGCAUCUCCUGCUUCAUACAGGCCUCCUGCCAACAGGCCUCCGAAAGCACCUCAGAGGCCCCCUCGACCCAGCCGAAUUCCUUCCAUGGUUGACCAAGCUCGUCUCCAAGAGCCCACCCCCCUGUUCAUUGCGCCCGUGCGAACCGCCAAAAGCCCACAGGAAAGCAUUUAUAGCCAGCUUUCCCCCAGCUCACAGUACUCCUUUGUACAGCCUUCGCCCAGUGCUGGCUACCUAACAGAGCUUCCUUCCAUCAAUCCUAUGAGCCCGGCGAUUCAGCAGAAAAAGGGUGUCAUUCUUGGUCCCCCCCCUUCUAGUCGGAGAGGCGCGUCGUCUUUCUACUCCAACGCCUCUUUCGUCUCUCCCAUCAUUGAAGAGACCCCUUAUUCACGGUCUCACGGCUCAUACGCUUCUAGUGCUGCCAUGCCAGAGAACUGGGGCUCUGUUGCCGGAAACAAUCGCACCACGAAUGUGGAAACAUUUUAUGACGAAUCCGUGACGGAUGCCAGCCCAGAGUCUAUCUACGGAGACUUCGGUGAUGAAAGACGGCUGGUCCAACCAGUCGAGCUCGAUUCUGCCGCAAUUCCUGUCGCCGUCUCGAAUCAGCAGCAGGUGGCCACUACGAACCGCACUCAAGCCUUGGCAGUCAACGGUAAGAGCACGUCUCGGAAUGUCCUAGGUACUGCGAGAAGAAUUUCAGGUCAGCCUCUUGGAGAAGCCGGUGAUCAACCUGGCAGGGAAGACAUUAUCCAGGCAUACGCUGCAGCGAGUUCCGGCACUACCGCUGAUUUUCGCUUUGCCUCGAACCUGUCAGGAAACAAUACUCGCAGCUCAGCCAUGAAACGAGGACUUCGUAUCGACAUGGAUGCAGUAAGGGAGGCUGAAUCACGCGGUAGCCUUACCAGCUUACCAGAUCUGAUCCGAAGAGCAACCAAACUUGCUGCCAUGAUCGACAAAGGCAAGCGACCCACCAGUCGAAUGGACAAUCUGAGCGACCUCCUCGGCGAGAAGCAAUCAAGCUCAGAUGGACGUGGAGAUACUCGAGGUGGGCGUCCGGCUUCUGGGCUUUCCGAUAUGCUUGCAGCAUUUCCGCCACCAGUAUCGACACCUCAAUUUAACAACGGACCAAAUCGAUCCUCGUGGCUCGGGCAAGGUGGCUGGCCAUUGAGGUCUGGGCCCAAAAGUGGCACCGAGAAAGCAAAGAAGAGUGUGAAAUCCAAACGCCGUUGCUGUGGGCUGCCACUCUGGGCAGUCAUUGUGGCCACGAUCCUGCUUCUCUGUGUCAUUGUUGCGGCUAUUGUCGUGCCCCUUGAGCUUUUUGUGUUCAACAAGAGUGGCUCAGCAAACGACAACACUGGAAUUGACAAGUGCCGGAAAGAUCUUACUUGUCUCAACGGCGGCACCAACGUCAUUUCUAGCGGAACGUGCUCUUGCAUAUGCAGUGGGGGUUUCACAGGCCCAAAUUGCGCCACUGCUGCAUCAGUUGGGUGCACGACCACCGACAUUGUUUCUAUAGACAGGACAUCGACGAUAAAGAACGUAACUCUUGGUCAAUCGAUUCCAAGACUUAUUGCCGAGGCAAACUCUACCUUUUCCGUCCCACUCUCAGGCACUUCGAUACUGGCCAAGAUCAACGCUAACGGUCUUUCCUGCAUUGCGCAAAAUUCACUUGUUACGUUUAAUGGUCGCUCCACUCAAGCUACUUCGAAAACACAGGCAAUUCCGAAAACGAGGAGGGCCUCGCGACAAGCUCAAGCUAACUGGGCCGCACAAAUAAGCAAUGAUUUCGGAACCGACACCACACUUUCGAACCCACGACUGGGUAGCCCAGAAACUGCGACAGGCACUUUGCAUGCUCGUACCAAUGAACAAGAGCCUUUCAAUGUUACGGACACUGUUAUUGACUUCUGUCGGGUUUCAGUACUCUUUGUUCUCCAGGAGCAAGAUGUGAACACUGCACAAGAUGCGCAGAGUGACGUGCAGGCUUUUCUCACAAAAAUCACUGCAUCGGACGCUGUCAACGGUCCGAAAAUUACCCAAAAACAAGCUUCUAAUAUUACUAUUGGUAAUGGCAGUUCCAUCAACCUCGUCGAUUUUCAUAUCGACCUGGGAAAUGGGCUUCUUGGAGGAAUAGGAGCCAAGGCGGGGUGA